AUGCCCAUCAGAAGAACCUACUGGGCCAUCGGCCUAGUCUUCUUCAUGCUCUUGGUCAUCUCCCACCGCAGGAGCAACUAUACCAACGACGAUGAUAACAGCUUCCCGCCCGAACGCUCACAACAGCAUCAAAAACCGCCACCAGGGGGUGGCAGCGAAGACUCACGCAAGAAACCGCCACCUGGGCCCCCAGUCCUCGAAAAGCCCUACAUCCGCGACCCCGCCGUCCUCGACCACAGCUCCAACAACCCCUCAACAACAUCAUUCAAACCCUUGACGGUCCCAAACACAUCCAACCACUACGACAGCCUAAUCAUCAUCCCCACCAGCUGGACCCAACUCCAGAACCGUGUUUGGGUCCGCGAGACGCUCUUUGGAAUCAAAAACAACCUCGAGCCCUGUGCCCGAUACGAUGGCAAUGUUAUUUACAAGUUUUAUAUCUAUGGACAGUCGACCUGGCUCAAGCAGGGGAUUUAUACGGCUCAGUACAUGCAGGCGCAAGUCCGGAGUCUGCAUGGAGAGUUUAUGGAGUUUGACGAUUGGCAUUUCACGAACCGGACGGUUAAGAGCCGGCAUGCUGUCUGGGGCGAAGCUCUGAACUGGGCCGUGAACACGUUUGUGCCACAGGAAAAGAUCACGGUGGACAAGGUCAUCCUCUUUGACUCGACUUCGAUCGUCAAUGUUCAAAAGCUGGAAUCCCUUGCCAGAGAGGCCACCGCAGGGACUGCGGGAUUGCUCAUGACAUGGGGCGAGACGCCCACCAACCCCUUUGCAGCCCUGGUUUCCUUCCCUGCCGCAACCCAGAUCUUGAAGAACCGGGUCAGCAUUGAGAAGGACGGGACGUUCAUGGACUUGAUCACCGCUGCGUCGAUUUACUAUAACAGUCAGAUCGUCGAGACUGUUAAGGUCCUCCAGGGGGAGGCCCCACUCUGGCAGGGGGAUAUCGAUCAGGUCCCAACAUCGGCUGCAGUUAUCGGAUUGGUACACCAGUUGGAGGACUGGAACCCACUCGCCCAACGGAUCGCCGUCCAACCCAUCUCGCCCUGCGCCGUCGACCCGCUCCGAAACAAGAGCAUUGCGGUUCUGACAUCGUCCUACAUCUACGCCGACAUGUGUAUGGCCGAAGCCGCCCUGCCCUCGGCCGACAACAAGCGCAUCUAUGCCGAGAAACACGGCUACUACUUUGUCGCUCGCGCCGCCGAGUUUGCCCAGGAGGAAUUCCGACAUCGUCAACGGGUCUGGGGCAAGAUUGGGGCCAUCCAGAAGACGCUUCCGCAUUAUGAGUGGUUGCUUUGGAUGGAUAUGGAUGCGAUUGUUGCGAAUCUGGACCAGGAUGUGAGAGAGAUUAUUCGCAAGGCGGAGGCGUUGAAUGUGAACAAGCAGAAUGAGGUUAGCAUUAUUGUCUCCCGGCCGUUGAAGGAUGUGAUGUUGAAUGCGGGAGUCAUGUUGAUCAAGAAUACGGAUUGGAGCAGGAAGUUCUUGAAUGAAGUUCAGAGGCGCAAGACUUGGUAUAAUCAAAGGCCUAGUUAUGAGCAGGGCGCCAUCUGGGAGGUCAUGCAGGAUCCUCUCUGGACCUCUGGGGUGUACCUCUUUGACAGGGACGUUCAUACCAUGAACACCUUCCCAUCUUUCUACGAGCAGGGAGACUUCAUUGUCCACUUUGCCCCCGCAGGAUGUCCAGCCGUGUCUGUGAUCCAGGCCCUGGGGAACAUUCGGUCGGGUGAAAGCAUUGUCGGUGUCGGCGUCGAGCCACCAAAGCCCAAGGCCGCAUAA